AGUAAUAAAUAAAAUAAACACUCAAAUGGUUUCAAUUUUAUAUUUAAAUUACAAAACUUUCAUUUUUAUCCAAACGGUCCAUUGUCGGAAUUUAACCCAAAUUCAAAACUCUCAGAGCAUUAAUUAUAAUGACUGACUACUUUUAUUAAUUCAAUGUAAGAUCUAACAGCUGAAAAAGUAAUCAAUCAAUCAAUCGAUUGAUCUAUAGAUCUAUAGAUCAUUCUUUCGUGGUCUUAGCCGGCAGAGUUAUAAAAAUUCAAACGUCAACGUCAACGUCAUGAAUAAAGAAGAAUUCGGAUACACCAGAAGGGACCCGCAAGUCCUUCGACGUGCGUACGAUCACCCUAAGCCCGAAAGUUUAGAAGGCGUGUCAGGACGAAGCGCAGGAGGUUCUGGAGUAGGAGGGACCUUACCGGAAACCGGAAGUGCCCAAGCUAACGUACAACAUCGUCCAGCUCAAGAGACCUCAGUCAUUCGUGACACUUCGAAGCCACCAAACGUCGUCGAGUUUCACUUUAAAGUUUCGUCAAAUUCUCCGACCAAACAAGAUCGCGAGAUGAGAACAGAACAGCUGACGCCGCUGUCAUCGCGAGACAAAAGUUUAAUUGGCGGGCUAUCGAAUUUGUCGAUAGACAAAAAUGUCUUUGAAGGCUCUGAGGAUCUGCCGCAAGUGUUUCAAGUUAAAUAUCUGGGCUCGCAUGACGCACGUGGUCUCUGGGGGAUAAAACAUACGAGGAAACCUGUUGAUAAUAUGGUAGAGAUGGCCAAGUCUUUACCCACUGACACAGUCCUGCCGCUGAUGAAAUUGAUCGUCUCUACGGAAGGAGUUACUCUGGUUCCCUAUGGUCGGAAAAUUUCUGAAGCGAAUAAUAAUAAUUGUGCGAGGAAACUGUAUCCCAUCGAGACGAUAUCUUACGGGGUCCAAGACCUGGUCUACACUCGGGUCUUCUCGAUGAUCGUCGUACGGGACACGUGUAAUUUUCGUAAAGUUUCGCCGUUUGAGUGCCACGGGUUUGUGUGCGAGUCGAAAUAUCACGCGAGGCAGAUGACAUAUGCACUUGCCACUGCCUUUCAAAUUUAUUCGCACGCUAUUAAGAAUGUUAAGGAUGGCAAAGUUGGGACGGGAAGUGGAAAUAAAAAAUUCGCUAUCGAUCUCAGGACACCUGAGGAAAUUGAAACGGAAUUGGCUCGCGAUUCUGAAGCUUGAAUAUAUUCUUAUAUAUUUAUAUACGUGUGUAUGUAAUUUUUUAUUUUACUUUUUUUUAAAUGCAAAUUAUUUAGUACUCAGCAAAAAAAAAUUUUAAAAAUUCAAAUUUUGACAGAUCGAGUGAAGUAAAAUUUCAAAAUUUUUAAUUCUUAGCCAUUUUUUUUUGUAUUGUAAUUGAAGGCUCAUUUUUUUUACUGGUAUACUUAAUAAUUUUAAAAUGUCAUACGUAUGUAUAAUUUUUUUUUAAUACUCCAAAAAUUAUUUAGUAGACCGAAAAAUUUUUUU